UUUAUCGAAGCAACUUUGUAUAGUGGAACACUAACCAAGCAAAUAAGUAAUGAGUGUGGGAACCACAAAGUGUUUUAAAAUAAAAUGACAAUUAAAAUAGCAUGUGAACAUGAAUGACUGUGUCCAUGUGGUAAAUGCAUCUGGUUUAAUAUUGUAUUAUUGGGUACGGAGACGUUUUUGUGUGUUUUUUCAUCUCUCAUCAUCUCCCAUUUGGCCAAUAAGAGUAUGAAUGUUGUGACAUGUAAAGUUUAGGAAGCAAGAAACUUCAGAAGUUAUAAUUAUUUUUGAAAACAUUCAUAUCUCUUUUUCAAAAUAUGGUUUGAUAAUGUGAAUUUCUCCUGAGUUUUUCAAUCACCUGAGUGUAUACUUUCAAAAGAGAUUUCUACACAAAAUACGAGCAAAAUAACAUUGGCAACGAUCUCAAUAUAUAUAAAUCUUUACCGUUCGAGUAGAUACCAUUCAGUUGAAAAACGCCAUUUGAAGAUACGCUCAGCCGGUGUUCUCUUGAUUUGUGCUCCCUAUAGAGAUGUGUUAACUGCACAUGCGUGGUAGCAUUACUUGAUUAGUCGAUCGAAGUACACUACACCUGAAAAAUAUAUUCUGAUAGAGUAUCUCACAGUACACUUACCGCUGUUUGUAAUUAAAAAGUAAAAAUCCGUAUUACGGAAAUAGGGUUGCACAAAAGCACAAGGUAGCAUAACUCGCCAGAACACCGGUGUAAGGCGCACAGUAUGGCCUGCCCUGCUUGGCCGACUAUCAGUGAUUUAUGAAGGCGGAGACAGUUUUUUUAUUAGAACAGAGCAGUUUAUACCGGCAGGCGGGAUAAAUUGCAUCGCUGAAGAGGCUUCACUUCCCAAACAUGAAGUUCCUUAACAAAGACGAACUGCAGAUCGCUGAUGGAGUCCUGCUAAAACACCUACCCAAGAGUUUGAAGGUAUACAGUUUCCUAUAUGGCAUUAACAGGAACAAACCAAGCACACAGGAGGUCAUCGUUGACACAUGGCCUGAUUUUAAAGUCAUCAUUUGCCGACUUGACCCCAAUAACAAGCGCGCCCUGGAGUUUAUGAAAAAGGUGACCAGCAUGGAUGAACCGAGUUUAAGGAAAAUGUUGACAGAAGAGAAUGCAAUUGACUGGAGCACCUACUUUGUUAUUGGAGGAUUUGACAUUUCCCAUUCCUCCACGCUCAAAGAAAUGGCUUCUGACAGAGAAGUCAACAACAGAUCCUGUACUGUGGUGCAUCUUCUGUAUUUGCCAGACAGCAGCCAUCUGCUCACACCAGCAGCUGGCAGUGAGUUUGAAUCGAGGAUUUCAUCUCUUAACCUCUCCCACGUCGACUGGACGUUUGGAGGGAACGAGCAGAGUUACAGAAACAUUAAAAAACUUAUCAGCAACUUCCCGUCAUGCUGCAUCACUGGCGACCAGGACCAGCCGGUGUCCUGGAUCCUUGUGUAUGAUUACUGUGCUUUGGGCUUAUUGUACACUCUGCCAGAGCAUAGAGGGAGAGGCUACGCCAAAGUCCUGGUCAGCACCAUGGCCAAGAGACUCCCCGCUGGGGGCUACCCAGUCUACUGCUUCAUAGAGGAGGAGAACACGGCCUCCUACACGCUCUUUAAAAAACUGGGCUUUAUUGACGAUCCCUCAUACAGGGCGGCAUGGUUUGAGUUCAACUUUUGAUUUUGGAACCAUUUCUAACAAGUGUUUUUAUAAAAAUAACUUCCAAUGUUACCUAUGAGAAUGUGAUUGAAAUGUAAAGUUAAGCCUAUACAUUUCAUAGGCUCUCCAAAGCAUUGCAUCAAAACCUGGUUAUAAUGGUGGUAUAAGGGAAAAUGGCAUUACUGACACAAAUACUAAUGUCACCUUAUCAUAACACAUUCAUAUAAAUAAAAUAUUUGCUUUGCUCUCUAUUUGCAGUUAUCAAAUAAUGGACUUCCAAUAUAUUUACCACAUUAUAGAUACAGGCUACCUCUUUUUUUACACACCAAUGCAAUUAUUAAUAACCAAGGACCCAAAAU